AUGGCCACUCAGAGAAGGAAGAGAAAUAGAAUUGAAGAGCUGUUUGAUGAUGGCGGCAGGAAGUGGGUGGAUGACAGGAAUAUAGCAAGAGUGCUUAUCGAUUACUUUGCUACUCUAUUUAGCUCAUCCAACCCGACGGAUAUCGAGACCGCCACUUCUUUUGUGGCUGGCCGUAUUUCUGAGGGCCAUUUGGCCAUUCUUAAUGAUCCUUUUACUCAAGAAGAGCUUGAGGAGGCGGUCUUUAAUAUGAACCCCUCCAAAGCUCCGGGCCUUGAUGGCCUCCCUGCUUUAUUUUUUAAGAAAUUUUGGCACAUAAUUGGAGAUGAUAUUUCCAACUUUUGCCUUGAGGUCUUGCAUGGCAGAGUCUCCCCAGGUACUAUCAAUAAAACCCUGCUUGUUUUGAUUCCAAAGGUUAAAAAAUCUGUCCAUGCAACACAGUUUAGGCUUAUUAACCUUUGCAACGUGCUUUUUAAAUUUAUUACAAAAACUAUUGCAAAUAGGCUUAAGUUGGUGCUACCUGAUAUUAUUGUUGGUCCUCAAAGUGCAUUUGUUCCUGGUAGGCUUAUAACAUAUAAUGCCUUGGUGGCCUAUGAGUGUUUUCAUUUUAUGAAGAAAAAGAUGUCUGGUCGCAAUGGCAUGAUGGCUCUCAAGCUUGACAUGUCGAAAGCCUAUGAUAGGGUCGAAUGGCCAUUUCUUCGUAGUGUGCUUACGCAAAUAGACUUUCCUUUAGCCUGGGUUGGUUUAAUUAUGGACUGUGUUACCUCAGUUCAAUUCCAGGUGAUGUUAAAUGGAAGUCCUCAAAGGCCUUUUGAUCCAGGUAGAGGCUUGAGGCAAGGAGACCCUCUAUCUCCUUAUUUAUUUAUCCUUUGUGGUGAAGUUUUUUCGGCCUUGAUUCAGAAGGAGAUAGAGGCCUCUACUUUGCAUGGUAUUAAAAUUGCACGCCCUGCAUCUAUCCCUGUUAUUUCACAUCUUCUUUUUGCAGAUGACAACAUUGUUUUUGCCCGAGCAACGACGGAGGAAGCUUCCACAGUGAUGAGGGUGCUUGCUUCCUACGAGCGGGUGUCUGGUCCGGUCAUCAAUUUUGACAAAUCAAUGUUAUCUUGUAGCCGUAAUGUGCUUAGUCCCCGUUUUAACGAGCUAAAGCCGCUUUUGGGUGUAAAGGUUGUGGAUAGCUACGACAGAUAUUUGGGCAUUCCUACCAUCACUGAUAUUGAGCGAAUGAUCAGUAAAUUUUAUUGGAGGGGGGACGCAGACCGUAGGAGUAUUCAUCGGCUAAAAUGGGACUCCUUAUGCAGGUCUAAGUUUGAUGGAGGAAUUGGUUUUAGGGACUUUAAAGCGUUCAAUAUGGCACUGGCUGGAGAGAAUUGGUGGCGAAUUUUUAAAAACCCAGACUCUCUGUUGGGUAGAGUUUUCAAAGCUGUGUAUUUUCCUCAAUCUUCUCUUUUUGCAGCUAAGAAACAUGGGCGUCCAAGCUAUGCGUGGACAAGCAUUUUUCGUGCAAAAUGGAUUUUUGAGGAAGGUUCCCGGUGGCGAGUGGGCAAUGGGCGGAGUAUUGAUUUGUGGGGGGAUAAAUGGCUCCCAAGUGGGGUCCCAACUGUGUUUAGACAUGAUUUAGCAACUGGUGCAAACUUGCGUACUGUUUCAAACUUAUUUGUGGCUAACAUGCAGGUUUGGAACAGGAAUUUGGUGGAGUUAAUGUUUUGGCCCCCGACGGCGCAGGAGAUUUUACAGCUUCCUCUCCUUAUGCAACCGUCUCUUGAUGUCUUGUUUUGGCCGCAUACUAGUGAUGGCGGGUACACUACGAAGUCUGCUUAUGGCUUCAUUCGGCAACGAAGGAUCCGAGAGGAGCCUUCUUCUUCAUUGGGCCAGCAAUCUCAUGCAAGUUUUUGGAAAGCUUUGUGGUCCGUCGAAGCUCUACCUCGUUGUAAGGAGAUGGCUUGGAGAGUGGCUAAGAAGAUUAUUUCUGUGAGACAUGCUUUGCGGAUUCGUGGGAUGCAAGUGGAGGAGGAGUGCCCGUUUUGUUGCGCGAGCCCAGAAACUGUGGUUCACGUCCUCUUCAUGUGCCUGAUUGUGUCCAGAUGGUGGUUCGCUUCUCCCAUGUGUGUGCGCUUCCGUCAUGGCGAGGAGCCUAUGGAUUUUCUGCAACAGUUUUUUGAGCACCAUGACGAUGAGUUGGGAGGGUUGUGCCUUAGGUUUCUUUAUGUACUAUGGGAGCUCCGUAGUGAUGUUAUCUACCAGCAGAAGCUACCAGAUUUUUCAGGUAUUAUGGCACGGUUCAGCAGCCUUAUUUCGCCAGUUGAGGAUAUGGCCUUGGAUCGAGCUCCGGUGGAACAAAGGAUCCUUGCUCGUGCUUCAUGGACCAAACCGCAUGGGGAUAUUAUCAAGAUUAACUUUGAUGCUUCAUGGGUGCUACAAGCAGUGACGAGCCUUGGUUUUAUUGCCAGAAAUAACGCAGCUGAGGUUAUGGCAGCGACAGUAGCGUCUCCAGUGGAUGCUCCCUCACCAGUUAUUGCAGAAGCUUUAGCUUUCCGGUGGUCGCUCUCUUUGGCCAAAGACUUGGGGUUCCGGGAGGUGUGCCUUGAAACAGACUGUCUAUAUCUCUUUGAGACAUGGCAGAAGUCUAAGCGUGGUGAUUCCUAUUUGUUUUCAAUUCUUAAUGAUUGUAGAGACUUAGUCUCAUCUUUUUCGCAUUUUAUUUUGUCUUUUGUUCGUCGAACCGACAAUUCUGUAGCCGAUCACUUGGCUAAGAACUCCUCAAAAAUCCAUAACUCUAUUUGGAUCGAGGAGGUGUCGUCAGAGUUGGAGUCUUUGAUUCAAGUUGAUGUACUAGCCUCUAUGGCUUCUUGA